AUGAAGUUACUCGUAGUACUUGGUGGCAUUCUAGCUGUGGCUUGUGCCAGGGAACCUACCACUGCUUUCAAUUACCACGAGAGCAUCGGGGUUCAAGAAGCCAACAGAAUUCAUCAUGCCGAAGCGGCUAUUGAUUUCGACGGUGCCAGAAUUGUUGGCGGCAGCCAAUCUUCUCUUGGAGCUCACCCACACUUGGGAGGGCUUGUAAUAACCCUCACCAGUGGCUGGACUUCAGUGUGCGGAUCAUCUCUCCUCACAAACACCAAGGCUGUGACCGCUGCUCACUGCUGGUUCGACGGAAGAAGCCAGGCUCGUCAAUUCGUGGUUGUAUUGGGCUCACUCACCCUCUUCUCGGGUGGCACCCGCAUUACCACCACAAACGUCCGUAUGCAUGAAAACUGGAACUGGGACACAGCUAACAACGACGUUGCCAUAAUUACGUUUAGCUGGGUUGGAUUUAGCAACAAUAUUCAAGCUAUCAACUUGGCGUCUGGAUCAAACGACUACGUCGGUACUUGGGCUGUCGCUGCUGGCUACGGACGUACUUCUGACUCUCAAUCCGGUAUUCCCAGCAAUACAAGUCAAAGAAAUGUCAGUAUUAGAGUGAUCACCAACGCUGAGUGCAGGAACACCUUUGGAUCGGCAAUCAUAAUUGCAUCCACCCUUUGUACGAGCGGCGAAAACGGCCGGGGCACUUGCGGCGGUGACUCCGGUGGUCCUCUAUACAUUGGCUCUGGAAGCGGCAGAACUUUGAUCGGAAUUACUUCAUUCGGUUCUCCUCGUGGUUGCCAAGCCGGUCUCCCAGCUGGUUUCGCCAGGGUCACCGCCUUCAACAGCUGGAUCCGGUCUCAUCUUUAA